AUGGUAUUUUUGGAACUGUUCAAAUACUAUCGUGAGAAUCGGGGUUCGGAAUGGCCGGCAUUCUUUAGAUAUCUAUUCAAUCUUCUUGUGCUUUGGUUCGUACCACGCAUUUGUAAGUGGAUAUAUGGGGAGCCUUUGAGUGAAGAGAUACUUCUUGGAAACUUGGAUUUUCUUCUUAUCGCUAACGUUUGGUACUUUGAAAUCGUCGCCGCAAAUCGAAAGAAGCAAGAAGAAAUCAAAGAUCACAAAAGAACAGAAGAUACUACGGAAGGUCUUACAGAAGAGCUCUUGAAUAAUCCAGAUUGA